AUGGCCUCCUUCUUCAUCUCCUGGGAGCUGUGGCAGCAGAUGACAUUUUGCCUCGGUGCGGCCAUUUGUCUUGUUUUUGCUGCCGGAUAUUGGAAGCUCUGCUGGACUCAUCAGUAUGUCAAGAAACAGGAGGCUGUUGACGAAGAGAGGCGAACGCACGACUUGGAAAUGCGCAAGUCGGGCCUGCCAGCGAUGAACCAAGUCACUGAAAUUCCCUUUGGCGUCCGAGCCAUUCAGAGCGGCAUCCAAGUCGACGGCAUCUGGAUCUCCAGCCAUUCGUUGCCCACAGAAACCCAAUCGAUGCUCGUAUCGAUGAACAUUUCGAUCCCAGGGCAGAGCAACGCAAAGGGAAAGGGACUGGAUACGAUGGCCCCGGUACUCGCACUGCUUCCACCGCAUACAAAUACCCUUGCAGAUGACUCCAGAAUUGAGCAGCCCUUGACCUUUGGCCUGCAUAAUUCUCUCCAGAAUUUCCAUCCAGACGCUUUGAAGACGUACCGACCAUCGGCCCCUCUAGGCUUCGAAAAGGAAAACUCCAACUCCACUGAGCGAUACGCCCUGGGACACUCGAAGGAAAGCGAGUCACAGGCGAGGACUGUAUCUCAAACGUACGUUCCGAUUGCCGCACCCAUCGCCGGGGCACUCGACGGCUCUCGCCAGAUGCGCGACGCUGUUUCCGCUGCUGCGUCUUAUGACCACGAAACACCCGACGCCAAUAAAGCGAUACCAAUUCCUGCAAACAAAUACCAGACCGCUGGCCCCCGGCGUCCGACUCACCAUCCUGAAAGACGCUUGCCUGCAGUUGACGUGCUAACGCCAAGCUCGCAUCAUCCCAUCGAUGGCUCGAACAUCCCGCGCUCAUUGAAUAUGGCGGCCGCUCACGUAGCAUACCCUGAAGGUACCGGUACUGUUGUCGUCCCGGAGCCCUGGACACCACCUGAGCCGGGAGCCAGUUAUCGUAUUAAGUCAGAACACCAGCACCAAAGAAGUCGGCCUACGAUACCAUCGCCCACAUUUGCACCGGGCGACGUGCACGCAAAUCGAUCACGACGCAUUGUGAAUCCUGGAUUCGAGGUCCUUCCCGCCGGUACAUUUACAGCUGGACAGAGCAGCAGUGGCGAUGAUGCGGACGCUGAGGAGUCAUGGCGGCAUAUGCGUCCGAGGAGGCUGUCUCAGGCAGGAAAGGCGAAACUGCGGAAGAGUCCGCCGAGCACGAGCCGCUGA